CAGGAGUGUCGAGGUGCUCUAAGCUGAGUUUUAAGGGAGGCACAAGUGGCUGAAACUAGUUUCUCCUCUUUUCUCUCUGUCAGAAAGACGCACUGAGAACCAGAGCUACGCGGAGCGCACAUCUUUAUUUUAUAUCUUUAUUUCUCGCUCUUCUAUUCAGCAUCUCUUCUAUCUCAGCUGGGAAUAAACGGACGGCAAAAUGCCCAAAGCGGUCAAUGUACGCGUCACCACCAUGGACGCUGAGCUGGAGUUUGCCAUCCAGCCCAACACUACGGGCAAACAGCUGUUUGACCAGGUGGUAAAGACCAUUGGCGUUCGGGAAAUCUGGUACUUCGGACUGCAGUAUGUGGACACCAAGGGUUUCCCUAACUGGCUAAGGCUAGAAAAAAAGGUGUCAUCUCAAGAUGUGAAGAAAGACAACCCGCUACAGUUCAAGUUUCGUGCCAAGUUCUUCCCGGAGGACGUUUCCGAGGAGCUGAUUCAGGAAAUCACCCAGAAGCUCUUCUUCCUGCAGGUGAAAGAAGGGAUCCUCGGUGACGAGAUCUACUGUCCUCCUGAGACGGCAGUGCUGCUGGCCUCCUAUGCAGUUCAGGCCAAGUUUGGCGAUUAUGACAAAGAAAUCCACCGGCCUGGAUACCUUGUCAAUGAACGCAUGCUGCCCCAGAGAGUCAUGGAGCAACACAAGUUAUCCAAAGAACAGUGGGAGGAACGUAUUCAGGUGUGGCACGAGGAGCACUCUGGGAUGCUGAGAGAAGACGGCAUGAUGGAGUACCUAAAGAUAUCUCAGGAUCUGGAAAUGUAUGGAAUGAAUUACUUUGACAUCAAGAAUAAGAAGGGGACAGAGCUGAGGCUGGGAGUUGAUGCACUGGGUCUAAACAUUUAUGAGAAGGAUGACAGACUGACGCCAAAGAUUGGCUUCCCAUGGAGUGAGAUUAGAAAUAUUUCCUUCAACGACAAGAAGUUCAUCAUCAAGCCUAUCGACAAAAAAUCUCCAGACUUUGUUUUUUAUGCGCCGAGACUGAGAAUCAACAAAAGCAUCCUGCAGCUGUGCAUGGGGAACCAUGACCUCUACAUGCGUCGUCGCAAGCCGGACACAAUCGAGGUGCAGCAGAUGAAGGCUCAGGCCAGGGAGGAGAAGCAACAGAAGCAGAUGGAGAAGGCACAUUUGGAGAAUGAGAAGAAGAAAAGGGAAGCCAUUGAGCGGGAGAAGGAGCAGAUGGAGCAAGAGAAGCAGGAACUCAUGAUGAGGCUCUAUCAGUUCGAGGAGAAGACUAAGAAAGCAGAGAAAGAUUUACAGGAGCAGCUUCAGAGAGCCAUGAUGCUGGAGCAGGAGCGGCGGAGGGCAGAGGAGGAGGCUGCUCGGCUGGAGGAGGAACGUCAGGCUGCUCUGUUGGCUAAAGAGGAGCUGGCCCGCCAGGCUGAGAAUCAGCUGAAGACCCAGGAGCAGCUGGCUGCUGAGCUGGCGGAGCACUCAGCCAAGAUUGCGUUGCUGGAGGAGGCCAGGAGACGCAAGGAGGAGGAGGCGAGCACAUGGCAGAACAGGGCUCGAGAAGCUCAAGACGACCUAAUCAAGACCAAGGAAGAGCUUCACAUGGUGAUGACGGUGCCCCCGCCUCCCCCUCCUCCUCCUGCAUACAACCAUGUGGAUUACAAUAGUGACAGCGAGGACAACAACAGCACGCACAGCACCGACCUGCAGGUGGACGGUUUCCAUGACCACCGCAAAGAGGAGGAGCGCCUGACCGAGGUGGAGAAGAACGAGCGCGUCCAGAAGCAGCUCAAGGCUCUGACCUCCGAGCUGGCUCAGGCCCGUGACGACACCAAAAACACCCAAAAUGAUCUCCUUCACAGCGAGAACGUGCGGGCCGGCCGAGACAAAUACAAGACCCUGCGACAGAUCCGUCAGGGCAACACCAAGCAGAGGAUCGACGAGUUUGAGGCCUUAUAAGCUGACGUCGCCGCUCGAGCGCACACUUUCUGAAUGGUCGCUAUCUAUCUCACUCUACUGUUGAGACACACAGAAACCCCCUUCAAAUGCACCCAAAGACAUGUUAAACACGCGCUGGUAGCAGACUAAACUAAAGCAGUAGAAGCACUGCAGAAGACUAGCAGGAUGCAGGGGCCUUCAAAACCUUAGUGCCAAAAUCUUCUUUUUCUUCUCAUAGUGUUUUCGUUUCUGUAUUUUUUUUUCUUUUUUUGAUGGAUUUUUUUUUUCUUCACUGGAGGUUAGAUGAAGUACUUUGAAAAUGAUUGUAAAGCACCCUGUAAUCCAAAUAUUGCAAUGAAAGAAAAGUGCUUGUUCAUAGCGACCACUCAGAGAGGGGAAGACAGUAUACGCAGGAAAAUUAAUAUUUAUUUUCCAUUAUAUUUGAACACUUCCAAUUAUGUUUAUUUUUGCCCUAAAGGAAAACAUAAUCAUGCAUAGUUUGAUAUUUAUACUGUAUAUGGGACAUAAAGGGUAUUUUAUCUCAGUUUGUAUAUUUUUGCUAUCUACUAAUAAUAAAAGCUUUUAUUGUUUCAGAGGUUUUAUACAUCGAUCCAAAUAACAGUAGUUUUAUGUUCCAUAUGUUGUCCUUUAAAUCAUAUAAUUAAAAGAGAUAUAUUGUAAAUUAUUAAUUUUAUUUUAGGAGAAUAACAGUUGCAUGAAAAAAAAUGGUUCAAAUGAACUCGCCAAUUACUUUCAUUUAAUCAGCUCUGCAGAUCAUUCAGAGCACUGUGUUCAAUGGUACACAAAGUUUAGUUAGCAGUUCUAUCAUGUCAUGUUACAACAUAAAAUAGAAUCAAAUAUUGGAGGUUUUUAGCCUCUAAAGUGGCCUUUCUGUUGGGACCGUUACAAUGAAGUGUGGAUGUUUAAGUUGGAUGUUUUGCCAAACUUUUAUCACCUUUGACCAAAGCAACAUUUACUGAAGCUCAUGAAAACAAUCCACUAUGAUGAAAUUUGUACAUAACCAGGAUUUUAUAAUGAGGUGUUCAAGAUAUUGCCAAUAAAGUAACUUGAUUUGUCA